AUGCCGUCCUCCAUUGCCAUUUCCGCUGGCCCCUCAGCUACACCAUAUCAUCGCUCGCCUAAGCGCACCAGCUCUUCUGCUAACAGCUCCUCCUUGAGCUCGCCCUCGUCGGCCCCGCCAUCAGCCGGCAAGGAUAAGGCCCUGCACACCCGCCGACCGACCCUUGUUACCAGGGCUUCGCCUAGAAUCCAGAUCUUCCUUCCCUCCUACGUCGACUGCGACUAUGUUCUGCUCGAGAACCGCCGAGACCCUAUUCACGCAAUCUUGAUCAGCGACGAAGAGUCUAAGAAUCUGCUCCCACAAUAA